GAUGUGCACCUUACUUUCCGUAACUUGACUCACCCAAGGGACGUACCCUGGUUUUCCAUGACAAGUUUUUGCUGCUACAUUUUCUUUUUAACAACCGUGGUGUAUUCUCACAUGGAAACGGCGGACAGACGCCCGACCUAAACAUUCCCCUCAACAAACUGAACGGUGCAUGUCUUUGUAGGUGGGAGGAAGCCGGAGUACCCGGAGGGAACCCAUGCAGUCAUUGGGAGAAGAUGCAAACUACACACAGAAAGCCCCUUUCCAAUUACGAUGGUUUUUUUUGCAACUCCCCAUGUCUUUGUUUACAUAAGUCCAACCACAACUGGUUCUCUAACCUCCCUUCUCCCUAACCGUGGUGAUCUGUGGCCGCCAACAAACAGCAAGUCGUGCGUGAUGAGCACCCUGCACCAGCAGCAUCAUGGGAGCGCAGGCUCAGAGCGGGAACUCAACUCUGCAGCCUCCUCCAACAGCCUGCCCUCUGUCAGGAAGACCACCAAGAAACGCAGCAUCUCACUCCAAGCGCUCUUCGGCAGGCGGCGUCGGGCCGACCGCGAGCCCAAGCGCAAGUCCAAAGCUGUGCCCGACGGAUCUGUGCCUGACUGCUUGGUCAGCGUAGACAAUGUCCCGUCGGAGACUUCGGCAGACAGAACGUCGGCCCACUCUGUCCCUGGGGCCGUGUCAGCGUCCUCGGUGACGGGGUCUAUGUCUGAGCUGCUGGAGUGCCCGCUGUGCCUGCUGCGCCACGCCCGCGACCGCUUCCCAGACAUCAUGACCUGCCAUCACCGCUCCUGCGCUGACUGCCUGCGACAGUAUCUGCGCAUCGAGAUCUCAGAAUCACGGGUCAACAUCUGCUGCCCGGAGUGCUCGGAGCGCUUCAACCCCCACGACAUCAGCAUUAUCCUGGCCGACCGUGCCCUCAUGGAGAAGUACGAGGAGUUCAUGCUCAGGCGGUGGCUGGUGGCCGAGCCUGACUGCCGCUGGUGCCCUGCCCCCGACUGUGGUUACGCAGUCAUCGCUUUCGGUUGUGCCAGCUGCCCGAAAAUCACAUGCGGCCGCGAGGGCUGCGGCACGGAGUUUUGCUACCACUGCAAGCAGCUGUGGCACCCCAACCAGACGUGCGACACGGCGCGGCAACAGCGGGCGCAACACUUCCGCCUGCGCAGUUUCAGGUCCUCGUCACUCAGCUACAGCCAAGAGAGCGGCGCCGCAGGUGACGACAUCAAACCGUGUCCCCGCUGCGCUGCUUGCAUUAUUAAGAUGAACGAUGGGAGUUGUAAUCACAUGACCUGCGCCGUCUGCGGCUGCGAGUUCUGCUGGCUCUGCAUGAAAGAAAUCUCUGACCUGCACUAUCUUAGUCCGUCAGGUUGCACCUUCUGGGGAAAGAAGCCCUGGAGCAGAAAGAAGAAGAUCCUGUGGCAGCUUGGCACCUUAGUGGGCGCGCCCGUGGGGAUUGCACUCAUCGCAGGAAUCGCCUUCCCUGCGAUGAUCAUCGGCAUCCCCGUUUAUGUGGGCAGGAAGAUCCAUAAUCGAUAUGAGGGCAAAGACAUCUCCAAGCACAAGAGGAACCUGAUCAUUGCCGGGGGCGUGACGUUGUCCGUCAUUGUGUCUCCCGCUGUGGCAGCCGUCACUGUCGGUAUUGGCGUCCCCAUCAUGUUGGCAUACGUCUACGGGGUAGUGCCCAUCUCGUUGUGCCGGAGCGGCGGAUGCGGCGUGUCUGCAGGCAACGGCAAAGGGGUGCGCAUUGAGUUUGACGGCGAGAACGACAACAUGGGUGGUGGCGCCGCAGCUACGGAUACCACUUCAGUGGCAGAGACCAGACUGAACAACCCCAGCCUUUGCGACGGCGCCAGCGUGGGGGGCCUAACAGGAUUGAGCCUCAGCGUGAGUGGUAGCCACAUGGAGCGCUGCGGCGUCAGCUCGGCCCAGCGGGACAACAUGAGCGACAAUGUUAGCACCACAGCCCUCGCCGGAACCAGCAUCACCGGCAGUCUGUCUGGAAGCUGCUACAACAGGAUGGAAGUGCAGGCUGACGUCCAAAAGGAGCGUUGCAGUCUGAGUGGCGAGUCGGCCACCGUGAGCCUCGGGACCAUCAGCGACAACGCCAGCACGAAAGCAAUGGCCGGCUCCAUCCUCAGUGCCUACAUGCCUCUGGAAAGAGACAACAGUGUGGAGGGUCAAACAGACGUGGAGUCCAAAGAGGAAAAUGUGAGACACUGCAGCGCCAGCAGCAGCCUGGAUGAAGCCAGCAGCGGGACCACGGGCUUCAAAGGGGUGACGGCUGGCCCGUCCGACGGUCAUGGCCGCCCGCCUUCGCCCUGGUCAAAAGAGGCCCCCGCGGCAGCGUGCAAGAAGAACAAAGGGAAACUGUGGAAGCGAGGCAAGGCGGAAUCCAAAAUGAACCACACGGACGCUCAGCUGCUGGAGCACCGCAGCACCAACUCCUCAGAGUUCGACUUGCCCUCGCUGAGCGGCAGCCUGCCGUCGGUGGCCGACUCGCACUGCAGCCACUUGUCGUCGGAGCUCAGCUGCUCCGACCCAGAAACUGUGAGACCGGCUCACCCCCUGUGCUCUGACACGGCGGAGCCUUGCGCAGCCGCCACCUCUGUCGUCUUGGGUGAGCUGGCCGUCACGCCCAUGCCCGAAGUGGAGCACGAUCGCCUGGAGCAGCUCCUGCCUCAUAGGAGCCACUCUGCCUUCAGCCACUGCCUCGUGUCUUCAUCGCCGCCCACCUCCCCGACAGAUAGUGUUCUGUUCAUCACUGAAGAGGGUGAAGGCAACACCGCCGAUCCCCAUGACAACAUUAGCGGACCCACUCGUGACACUGCUGCAUCGCCUGUGAGCACCACAAGUAGGCGCUGCAUUCAAACUGAGAUCUAAAAGGUUCACUUACUUACCAUUAAAUUGGGGUCUUAUUGGCUGUUAAGACAGGAACGGAGAAAGUCAGCGUGGGUUGAAGGGGUCAAUGAGUCAAGCGUUUUGCAGCGUGGAAGUUGAGCAUAAAGGUUUUUUACGGAGGUCGACUUGAAUGUAGGUUUUUACACAUAACUUUAAUUUUUUACGUCAUUGCUGCAUCCACCACCGUGCCACACUUUUCUGAGGGACCAUUUAGUAGCACAUUUUUAGAUCAAUUGAAACAGACUGUGGUUAUUAGCUUAUCACUUGUUUAUUUGUGCAAAGAGUCUUGCUUAUUAUUUUCCAUUUUGGGAAAGUUGUAUUUAUAUGUUGCAGCCCUGUGUUGGGUCCAAACUUUUUAUUUAAAAUCGAAUGUUGUCACAAGACUUCUUGUGGAUCCUUCCAACAGUCUUUUAAUAUUGAUUAAAAAUGUUGGAUCAGCUAAAAAUGUAUUUGUGGUUUUAACCUAUGCAAAAAAGCACCCUGAGUUGCUUCAAGUAUUUCUUUUAAUUCUCUUUGACUGGCCAAAGUUAAAAGAACAAGCAGAGUAGCAGCUGUACAACUUCACCAGAAAAAAAAGACCAAUCAACAUGCAAAACUGGUUUCUUUCAGUACAUUUUAAAUCUUUCAUUUUAAAAUAUUCAUGCUCAUCUUUUUUUUUUUACUAUUAUACCUUUUUACUUUGACGGCAAAUGCUAGUAAUUGUUUGCCCCUAUUAAGUGCCUUUUGGGGAUAACACUUUGCAAGGUUAUCCUGUUUUUGAUCCCCCAAAUAAAUCCUGUAAGCUUGCAAGACUUCUUGUGGAUCCUUCCUACAGUCUUUUAAUAUUGAUUAAAAAUGUUGGAUCAGCUAAAAAUGUAUUUGUGGUUUUAAUCUAUGCAAAAAAGCACCCUGAGUUGCUUCAAGUAUUUUCUUUUAAUUCUCUUUGACUGGCCAAAGUUAAAAGAACAAGCAGAGUAGCAGCUGUACAACUUCACAGCCAGAAAAAAAAGACCAAUCAACAUGCAAAACUGGUUUCUUUCAGUACAUUUUAAAUCUUUCAUUUUAUAAUAUUCAUGCUCAUCUUUUUUUUUUUAACUAUUAUACCUUUUUUCUUUGACGGAAAAUGCUAGUAAUUGUUUGCCCCUAUUAAGUGCCUUUUGGGGAUAACACUUUGCAAGGUUAUCCUGUUUUUGAUCCCCCAAAUAAAUCCUGUAAGCCUGAAUGCUUUUAAGAGGGUUUUCUUCCUUCUUAUUAUAAUUGUUUGUAUAAUUCUUUAAAGACUGGGGCCAGAUCUUUUUUAUCCCCAUAUUUUCUAGCAUCAAACACACGCAAAAUAUAUAUUUACUAAUUACUGGCUUUGUAACGUGCAUUUAAAUACAUAUCU